GAGCGUUUGUGUUGAACUGAGCGGAGGUGAAGAAGAGGAGGAUGAAGCUGGGAGCGGAGGAUGGGAGGAAGAGUGGAGUAAGAGACAGGCUAGCUGUGUAUGAGUGAAUGAGUGAGUGAGAGAGAGAGGAAGAGGAGAGGAAGGUCGUUUGAGGGACCGAAAACAAAGACUUGAAUUUUUGGGGGAUACCCUCCUGAACAUUACUAACGGAAACUUUCAACUUUUUACCCGCCACAGCGCAGCUCGUAGUGCCCGGAGCCGGCUUUGUUUCACGGCAGGGGUGUCUACAAUAAAUGAAGGAAUAAAAUAGAUCCCGAUCGACCUUUUCUACCCAAGCGGGGAAUACCCUGGGACUGAUUUUGCUAAAGGUUACGAGAGAAUGGCGGCCAAUAUGUACCGGGUGGGAGAUUAUGUGUACUUUGAGAACUCCUCCAGCAACCCUUACCUGAUCCGCAGAAUAGAAGAGCUCAACAAGACAGCCAAUGGGAAUGUGGAGGCGAAGGUGGUGUGUCUCUUCAGAAGGCGAGACAUCUCGGGCAACCUCAACACCCUGGCUGACAGUAAUGCCAGAGAAUUCGAGGAGGAGUCGAAGCAGCCGACACUGUCUGAACAACAGAAACACCAGCUCAAACACAGAGAACUCUUCCUGUCUCGACAGUUUGAAUCCCUACCUGCUACUCACAUACGGGGGAAAUGUAACGUCACUCUCCUCAAUGAAACAGACGUCUUGGCCGGCUACCUGGAGAAAGAGGACUGUUUCUUCUACUCAUUGGUGUUCGACCCAGUCCAGAAGACCCUGCUGGCGGACCAGGGCGAGAUCCGAGUGGGCUCAAAGUAUCAGGCAGAGAUCCCUGACAAGUUAGCUGAGGGUGAAUCAGACACCCGGGUCCAGGAGAAGCUGGAGACCAAGGUGUGGGACCCCAACAACCAGCUCAAAGACCCUCAGAUCGACCAGUUCCUGGUCGUGGCAAGAGCUGUGGGGACGUUUGCUCGUGCACUGGACUGUAGCAGCUCCAUCCGCCAGCCCAGCCUCCAUAUGAGUGCAGCUGCAGCAUCCAGAGACAUCACACUGUUCCAUGCUAUGGACACAUUGCAGAAGAACAACUAUGACCUGGCCAAAGCCAUGUCGACCCUGGUUCCUCAGGGGGGGCCGGUGCUCUGCCGCGACGAGAUGGAGGAGUGGAGUGCCUCCGAGGCCAUGCUGUUUGAGGAGGCUCUGGAAAAAUACGGCAAAGAUUUCAACGAUAUCCGCCAGGACUUUCUGCCCUGGAAGUCUCUAGCCAGUGUGGUCCAGUUCUACUACAUGUGGAAGACCACCGACCGCUACAUCCAACAGAAACGGCUAAAGGCAGCGGAGGCAGACAGCAAGCUGAAGCAGGUGUACAUCCCCACCUACACCAAACCCAACCCCAACCAGAUCAUGGUUCCAGGCAGCAAGCCUGGUAUGAAUGGGGCAGCAGGCUUUCAGAAGGGACUGAGCUGUGAGAGCUGCCACACGGCCCAAUCUCCUCAGUGGUAUGCCUGGGGGCCUCCCAACAUGCAGUGCAGACUGUGCGCCUCCUGCUGGAACUACUGGAAGAAGUAUGGAGGCCUGAAGACCCCCACACAGCUAGAGGGCGCUGCUAGAGCUGGCUCUGAGUCAGGCCCCCGCAGUCACAUGACACGCCAGGAGGUCCAGGGCAUGUCGCCAUUCACCCGCAACGAGGGGCGAGCCAAACUGCUGGCCAAGAACCGCCAGACGUUUAUCUUGCAGACUACCAAGCUGACCCGCAUCGCCCGACGGGUGUGUGAGGACAUCCUGCAGCCUCGCCGCGCUGCACGACGGCCCUACGCCUCCAUCAAUGCCAAUGCUGUCAAGGCCGAGUGUAUGAUCCGGCUUCCCAAAGCCACAAAAACUCCUCUAAAGAGCAAGUUGGUGCCUCGACAGUCACUGGCCACCAUAGUGAAGGAUUUAGCCAUUUCAGCUCCCCUGAAACUGAAGGCCUCUCGGGGACCUCCAACACCCAUCAACAGGAAUCAGGCCAGCCAACCUCGUGUGCCCCAAAGCCUGCUGGGAAAGAGAGGCUUUGACAGCGCUACAGGGGUGCCCUACCCAGCCAAUGGGAGGCCGUAUACUUCAGGUAUGAGGACCACCUCUCAGUCGGUCAUCAAGCGACAGAAGGUCAGCCAGGGGGAGGCACCCAACCCUGUGGUGUUUGUGGCUACAAAGGACACCAGGGCUCUGAGGAAACACUUGACCCAGUCCGAGAUGCGUAGAGCAGCGAGGAAGCCUCAUCUCCUGGUUCGGAUCAAGCUGCCGCUGCCUCCCCGCUCCCUGGCCAUGCCUCUGCUCCCCUCCAGCACCAGCGAACCCAUUGUUCUGGAGGACUGAAGGACAGGGAGUCUUUGGGGGUCUUUCAACAGGACAUGAGGGUCUGGCGGGAGUUUGGGAGGGUCUGUGCUCAGGCCGUCACUUAGCAGGCGACACAGUAUGCCAUACCAGUAGUCUUUUAUUUUCCCUCUUUUCAGUGUCAUUUUGCUUUAGUCCUCUGUUACUUCUUCCCAAAAGUUGUGUCCAACACACACACACACACACACACACACACACACACACACACACACACACACACACACACACACACACACACACAGGCACUCAGAUGACUGUACAUUUCCAUCAUAUUUAACACACAGAUCAACACACUGACACUCACACAACACCUUGGGCUUCUUAGUAUUUUAUUCCAGAUCCUGAUUUAUUUUGCUCCCCUAUUCAAUGCCACCUGUUUUUAAAUGUAAUUUAAAUCCAACUAUUUCUCAUCCUGAAACAAUGGUGAUAAAGCACACUUUGUUUUCCCUCCAUGUCUCUAUUUUUGUGUAAAUAUAUGCAUUGUUUAAAGGGUGACACUCGCAGUACGUAAGGAGAAUGGGAGGGGGGGGGAGGCAAGGGGAGGUUGGAAUGGGAGACUUUGUGGGACAGCUGUAACAGGCCCAAGAUCUAAUUUGAUGUGAAGAUUACACUCCUUCAGUCCAUUCCAGCAGGGAACAGUCUGACUGGCUCAUUGUGCACAUGUUCAUCGGUCAAGUUGUUGGCAGAGCUUCCCUCCACCCGUGUAAACGCACAGUGUUUAUCUCUCUGCCACCAUUUUACAUGUCAAUUUUUACCAUCGUCACUCAGGCCUGUCGCCUGGGGGGGGGGUUAAUAAACAGGCGUCAGUCCACCUCAUCUGCGCCUUUUAACAUCCUCCAAACCCCUCGGGCGUCAACACAGUUGAGAGAGAGCACAAAUCAAAUUGAGCGGUGUGAAUGUCAGAACGAAACUGUAGACAAAGUGAGUAUAGAAUGUAGAGUGGAUCAGUUGGAAGGUUGUAUCAGUCAUACAAAAUCAAAAAUGACGCCUAGUAAAAUCAGUCUCAGGGCUGUACCUAACCAUUACUGCCAUUCCAAAUUAAUCUGCCAGUUACCUUUGAUUGAUGAUUACAGUAAUUGGUUUCUUUUGAUCAACCAGUAGAUAAAUAUCCAGUCACUCUUUUUACUAUCACGUUUGAAUUCAGGACUGUAGAGCCGGAAUCCUGUCUUACUACUUACUAAUCCUGAUAUAACUGUUUAAAUUUGUUUUGUGCUCACUAGUGCUCCAUACGGUGUCCACCUUCCUAUCACAGUAAUGAUUUGAAGAAACAAGGGUUGGAGUUGCAGUCAAGCUGCAUGUCCCGUCACUUGACUGCUGUGCUAUUAUAGCUACCUUUAGCUGGUUUGAAGUUCCCCGGCUCCUGUUCUCUUGAGCUCACCUCAGGAAAUUUGAACAGGCCGUGUGGAAUCAAAGGAUCACUACUCAAAUCAUUAUUGGAGUCUGUAGGUUUUCUGUGUGGGACUGGUCAUAUGUCACCUUUAAGGAAAUUCAGAUGAUUGUGGUUAUCAUGGAGGUUACACAAAUUACUGUGAAUUGCCAUGAUGAGAGAACACAUUUGGCUUUGAGGUAUGUUUGAUUCUGCAAAAAAAAAAAAUCCAAAAUUAAGCCAUAAUGUGCAAAAAAAAUUAAUAAAUAAGUGAAUUAAAAAUAACUGUUUUUUUAAAAAAAAGCUUGACAUCUGUAGUGAGUGGACACUUUCGACCCUGAAAUAAUGUUUGGACUAAAGCCACAGCGUUUCUGACAUUGUACUGUUUGUUAGAAUGAAACUGAUUGCAAUUUUGUGUGUCAGUUGCUAAAAGUCUGUUAUAAAGCAGCGAUAUGUAAGUGUACAGGAGACAUUUAGGGCCAAAAAUUCUAAAAUUGUUACGAAUUGCAAAAACAAGAAUCUGGGAUUAAAAUUGUACUUUUUCUCCAGGUAUCCGUUUCAUUCAGAACUUUUUCCCCAUCUGGCCGUAAUCCUCUUCUGUAAAUGUCUGAUGAUGUUUUUGAUUGUGAUUGGGUAUUAAGACAAUGUGAAAGGAACCUUCAGCUAUCUCAGCUUUUGCUUUGUUAAUUUCAGUUCCCCUUGUUUGUAUCAUUAUGAAAGGGUGAGUACUAAAAAAACAAGUUGUUAAUUGGAUAAUUAUAAUGCCUGUGAAUCCCCACAGCACUAAUGGGUUACACUGGUCUUAUAAGCAAGUUUGGUCCCAAUGUGGGCUUUGUAAUAUUUCUCAAAAAAAAAACAAAAAAAAAAGUAUUGAAUUUGUAGCAGAUACUAAUCUGUGUAAAGAAUGGUGGAAACUGGCAUAUUUUAAACUUUUUUUACAUCGGAAGUGUGAAAUUCAGCUCCAGUACUGUGGAGAUGGCUCUAAUAGGCUGCUGUACAUGUGAAACAUUGCUCUCCUUCAUAGGGUGGGAGGGGUGCUCAUUUGAACGAUGGGGGGGGGUGACAUUCAAAAGGGACAGGGUCCUGAUUUUUGUAUGAUGGAGAGACAAACAUGCUACAAUUGAAACUUUUUUCUCAAGUGUUUUUUUAUUCCAAUGUCUCUGUAUCCUUUAAUGUAUCUUGAUAAGAAAAGAAAUAAAGAUUUUUUUUUUCUUUGUGGUCA